AUGCCACGGGUCUCUUCCCAGACUGGGCAGCGCUCAAGGUCAGCGUCAGCAGAUCUAACCCUAAAAAUAGGUUCGUGGAUGCCAGUGGAGGUGGUCAGGAGUGCGGCUGCCACGCGCCCCACAGACCAGCACCUCCUGACCCAGCCAGGCCCCAGCACACACAGGAAGGAAAGAAAAUCCCGUGGCUCCAAAAUGACAUCCCGAGAACCAAAGACAAGCCUCCAAAAUGCCUACCCAUCUGCCAAGAGGCUGCAGCCGAAGAGGGAGGGGGACGGGGAAGAGGAGGAGUACUGCACCCCAGGAGCCUUUGAGCUGGAGCGUCUCUUCUGGAAGGGCAGUCCUCAGUACACCCACGUCAACGAGGUCUGGCCCCAGCUCUACAUCGGUGAUGAGGCGACAGCUCUGGACCGCUAUGGGCUGCAGAAGGCCGGCUUCACGCACGUGCUGAAUGCGGCUCACGGUCGCUGGAACGUGGACACUGGACCCGACUACUACCGCGACAUGGCCAUCGAAUACCACGGCGUGGAGGCCGACGACCUGCCCACAUUCGACCUCAGUGUCUUCUUCUACCCAGCGGCCGCUUUCAUCAACACGGCGCUCAGCCUUGACCACAGUAAGAUCCUGGUUCACUGUGUCAUGGGCCGCAGCCGGUCAGCAACUCUGGUCCUGGCCUACCUGAUGAUUCACAAGAACAUGACCCUGGUGGACGCCAUCCAGCAAGUGGCCAAGAACCGCUGUGUCCUACCCAACCGGGGCUUUCUGAAGCAGCUUCGGGACCUGGACAAGCAACUGGUGGAGCAGAGGCGACAGGCCCAGUUCAGUGACAACAGUGACAAGGCUGGUGAGAAGGACCCAUAA